CUUAGUUGGAGUUCAGAAUAGAUAGAAGGUGUGUUCGGGCUGCUGCUCGCCGAAACUUACCGGUGUGUGGGGGACCUGUAACCGGAGCGCACCAUGUCUCUGCUUCUUCAGCACCAGUUCAAGCCACUUCCUGCUGAUAAACAAAUCGACACCUGCAGCUUCCUGGAUUCUGUUUCCCAUCUGCCCGCUUUCUUUGACUGCCUUGGCUCUGCAAUAUUUUCUCCAAUCAAGGCGGAUAUUACAGGAAAUAUAACGAAAAUCCGUUCAGUCUAUGAAUCGAACCCUACCAAGUUCAAGACCCUGCAGAUGAUUCUGGAAGGAGAGAAGGAAUUGCAUGGACCCCAGUGGCCAAAAGUUGGAGCAACAUUAGCGUUGAUGUGGUUAAAAAGGGGCCUAAAGUUCAUUCAGGUUAUGCUACAAAGUAUUGCUGAUGGAGAAAGGGAUGAUCAGAACCCGAAUCUUAUCAAGGUGAACAUAACCAAGGCCUAUGAGAUAGCGCUCCAAAAAUACCAUGGCUGGCUUGUGCAGAAGCUUUUCCAGACUGCACUGUUUGCGGCUCCAUACAAAGAUGUCUUCCUUAAGGCCCUCUCCAAAGGACAGACGGUGAAGGAAGAGGAAUGCAUAGAGAAGAUCCGACAGUUCCUGGUGAAUUACACUACAACCAUAGAAGCAAUCUAUAUAAUGUAUAACAAGAUGAAUGCAGAGCUGGAUUACAAAGCUUAGUUAACCCUACCAAAGACUGUUUGUGGACACAGCUCAGGAGAUUGCUUUUCAACGGAAUGUUUUCAUUGGAUGGGUGCAAGCUGCAGAACCAAAGUAAACUAAUGACCGUUAUUUUUUCAGCAGGGGAAAGUUAGGUGCAGGUUUCAUUUGGUGAACUUGGGCCAAUAGGUGGUUCACAUGUCAAGAUUUAGGCAUCUGUCUCUUCUAGGCAUUUAAGAAAAGAACCUAGCAGGUACCUUUUAUUAAUUGGGGGGGGGCACUGAUUAUACAAAUGUGAAGUAUUACACCAGGAAGGAAUUUUAAUUUAAAUGUUGCAAGGGAUCCAAUGAAAGUUCCUGACCCCCUUCGUACAACAGCACAUCAUGUCUACAAUACAAGCAGCUAUACAAAUCACUGUCAUUAGAUCACUUUGGUACUUUAAGUUUACACCUUUUUUCUGUUCUUGGAUCACCAAAGUCGCUCUGCUGAUUAAUAAUAAUAAUGGGACUAAAUACAAACAUAUUAUUUCAUUUCUAACUUGUAUAGAUUGGCACUUUAAUGAAUUUGCAAUAUUUGCAUCCACAGAUCUUUGCACGCCGUCUCUUGGCUGCAAGGGGUGGUAUUAAAGCUACUUUUCUAUUCAUUAUUAUGAAAAUUACAGGGUAUUGUCAAUACAUAUAUGGUUUGACAUUUAUAUUCAAACACUGUGUGGUCUCUUGUCUAACUAAUGCUUUCACCAACAGACAGUUACUGAAAGGCAAACUAUAGCUAAAAUGCAACAAAAGAAGAUGCAGCAAAAGUGUACAUAUAUGCGUACAGUGUAUGGUAUCCAUCCAUUCAGCCUACAGCCUUAAAAAAGCAUAUAUCUUGCAGAAAUAGAAUGUAAAACAGGAGACUGCUUUAGCAUAAUGUUUUAUUUAUUUUUCUUUUGAAUAUUAGCAGGUGCACAGUAGGUAAUGGAUGGGGAAUGUUCCACAGGGCAAUUGUGGGCACUUUAAGUGUUACAAAAACCUUGCACCAAAAUGCCCCAAACCACACCCAUUGUCAUUGCUUUUAAAAUAAAUCUUGUGAAAUGUUUGCACCAUCUUUGCAAGUGGCACAUAUGAUGUGCUGUAUCAUGUUUGUGCCUUUUGUAAUUCUGGUUUAGAUUUUAGUGAGGUUUCCUGACUCUUCUUGGGUUUAGCCAGGUUGUGGGGUUCUGGCUUUCACAAUAUUUGUGGGCAGUGGACUUUGUUCUGAAAAUAUAUAUAAACUACAACCCCCAUUUUAUGUUUUUCAGGGGACCAGGAAAAAAUUUUGUAAAAUUUAAAAAAAAGUUAAAGUAACUUUUUCUUCAAUUAUUGAAAGUAUAUAAGCACAGGAGUCAGUUUUACUUUGAGAUACAAUAUUUACUGUGUUAAUAAGAAGGGUUAAGCAAUGCAGCGUUAAUGUUACACAUUGGGGUGCAUGUGCAAGGCCUCAUACCUAAGUCACAUACCUAAACUAAAGCAAUAAGUGAUUGGUGCAGGGCUGUAUAAGGAGCAGACUAAUUGGAAUUGACCAUUUACAGGCAGAACCAUGGCAAUAUAUAUAUCUGGUUAGUAUUUUAAACCUCUUUAUUUCACAAAUAACAUUAAUAGAGGGAAAAAAAGCAGUUUUUGGGAACAUCAGGACAAAAUUUUGAUGGAAAAUCUGGGAAAACGUUACUUAAAAUCAGGGAAAUGCACCCAUUGAAAUGCAUUAUAAAUUGGUGGGACCACAAAUAAAAAAAAAA